AUGUGGUCGGGGACAUCGCUGGACUAUGCUCUACUUGCUGCCGCUCUUUCUUUUUCAAUAAUUCUUUUUGCACGCAGGCGUCCGCGUUUAGCUUUACCUCCAGGACCUAAAGGGCAUUUCCUCAUCGGAAAUAUGCUUGACAUGCCGUCUGAAACUGACGCGGGGGAAAUUUAUGCAAAGUGGGGGGAGGUCUACGGCAGCGACAUCGUAUCUGCAACAGUUUUCGGAAUGACCAUCAUCAUAAUAAACACGUACGAGAAAGCGGUAGAAAUGCUCGACAAGAAGGGGAGCAUCUACUCUGACCGACCGCGUAUUCCCAUGGCUGGAGAAUUGAUGGGCUGCAAGCUCUCGAUGGGAAUAAUGCCUUACGGGCGAAGGCUUCGAAGUUCAAGGAAGAUGGUCUAUCAGGAGCUGGGAAGCAAUCAUGCCAUAAGGGCCUUCUUCCCCCACGAAGAAAGGAUGCGCGGCGCUUCGCGAGACGCCUUCUGGAAGCGCCUACCCACUUCAGCGAACAUAUCACGCUACGCCAUUAUUCUUAAGAUUGCAUAUGGUCAUGAAGCUGUUUCUUUCAAUGACGACUUCAUCCAGAACGCUACUCGUUCCAUGGAAGAGAUGGGCAAAGGAUGCGAACCCUCGGAGUUUUUGGUUAAUGCGAUUCCAAUGCUCUCGUACGUGCCGUCAUGGUUCCCAGGAGCCGGUUUCAAGAAACUGGCGGCCGAGUGGAAGAAACAUUACAACGUCAUGGUUGACGCGCCCUUCAACCUUGUCAAGCAGCAGAUGGCUGCAGGCAGGUGCGGGGAGUCGUUUGUAUCCAAAUGGCUACAAAAGGGAAUCUCACUCGAGGAGGAAGAUUACUUGAAACACGCGUCAGGUGCAAUGAUCGGAGCCGGAGGAGAGACUACCAGCAUAGCGUUACACGUCUUCUUCUUAAUGAUGUCGUUACAUCCCGAUAUUCAGAAACAAGCACAGGCUGAAUUGGACAGCGUCAUCGGACGCGACCGGUUGCCAUCUUUCGAGGACAGAGCGCAGCUCCCUUACAUUGAUGCCAUACGCAAAGAGAUCCUUCGGACACACCCUCCCGUUCCCCAGAGUCUCCCCCACUGCACUAUGCAAGCCGAUGUUCAAGAUGGCUACUAUAUUCCGGAGCGUGCUAUGAUUAUCGUCAACAUAUGGAACAUAACCCACGAUCCUAAGACACACCAGCGUCCGCAUGAGUUCAAUCCUUCCCGGUUUUUGGGACCGAAACCAGAGAGGAAUCCUGGUGACGUCAUAUUUGGAUUUGGGAGACGAAUUUGUCCUGGUCUCCGGCUAGCCGACGCCUCGCUCUUCAUCACAAUAGCAACGGUAUUGUCCCUGUUCAACAUUACUCCCGUAACUGAGGGCGGUAAGCCAAUCCUGCCGACCUUCGAGGCCAUUCCUGGACCUGUCAGCCGAAUUAAACCGUUCCGAUGCAAUAUCGCUCCCAGAGACGGUGCCAGAAAGGCGAAUGCAGUCAUUGCGUUGCCUGAGUAUUAA